UGAAAGGGGAUUUUUGCUGUAUCUUGGCUCAGAUGGUGGCACUCAGCACCGGUUAGUCGGUCCAGAUGUCGGAGGACCAGCGGCUCCAGCGGGCCGAAGCCUCCCGGCGGGGGGAGGACGGGCUGGAGGCGGGAGACGGCGACACGGAGCCCAGCAUGCUGCUGCAGAAACUCAAGAGCAACAUCUCUAAGAGUGUUCAGACCAAAGUGGAUCAGAUCCUGCAAGAUGUUCAGCGUUUCUCCGAUAACGACAAGCUGUACCUGUACCUCCAGCUGCCCUCGGGACCCAGCUCCGGAGACAAGAGUGGAGGCGGUGACUCCAGUACGUUCAACACAGCCGACCAGCUUCACACUUGUAACUGGAUCCGCAGUCACCUGGAGGAGCAUUCAGACACCUGCCUGCCCAAACAGGACGUCUACGAGACAUACAAGAGAUACUGUGAGAACCUGCAGCAUCGCCCUCUGAGCGCCGCCAACUUUGGGAAGAUCAUCAGAGACAUUUUCCCCAACAUCAAGGCCCGACGGCUCGGCGGCAGAGGACAGUCCAAGUACUGUUACAGCGGCAUCAGGAGGAAGACGGUGCUCAACAUGCCUCUGCUGCCCAACCUGGACCUGAAGAACGACCCGGCGGAGCUGACUGAGCUGGUCCAGACGUACAAACAGGAAGUGACGGAGGCGGCGUGCGAGCUCAUCUGUGAUUGGGCGCAGAAGAUCCUGAAGCGCUCAUUCGAUACGGUGGUGGAGAUCGCUCGUUACCUGAUCCAGGAGCACAUCGUGAACCCUCGCUGCAGCCAGGCCGAGCUGGUGACCUCCGCAGCACUCGCAGGAGGUCCAGCCAAACCCCACAAGGUCAUCAAGAAAACUCCCGUCAUCUCUAAAGCCGAGAGUGACGGCGCCGCGGAUCAGAAGAAGGAGCUCGGGGACUCGUCCUCCUCGUCUUCGCUGAAGUCGCUGUCUGGAGACAAAUCAGCUGCAGCGGCCAAGCCUUCCUCGCUGGACGCGCCUCCUCCCUCCUCCUCCUCUCUGCGUCCUGCGGUGGAAGCCUUCAUGAAGCAGUUACCCAGAAUCCUCCCCCGCAGCUCCAUCCCUGAUAAGACGCAGCUCUCCGUCCGUUCCUCUCCGCCCUCACUGGCUCCUAAAGAUGCCUCAGGUGUCGGGGGGGUGUCUGGACCCGGAGGCCCGGCCGCCGCCAGUGGUGGUGGGGUGAAGGUCAUUGCCAUGGCGACGCUGCCCCAGCAGCAGGGGGGGCCUGUCCCGGUGAUGAUCCUGCCUCAGGGCUGCCUGACGUACGAGCGGGAGGUCGCCCCGCCGCCACAACCUCCCCCUCAGCAGCACGCUGCCCCGACCUCCGUGGUCCAGAAAGCACGAGGGAAUGGCAACAAGCGUCCCCUGGAGGCGGUGGCGCCCGGUGGCGGCGCUGUGGGCUCUGCUGCUCUUCCGGUGAAACGGAAACGUGGACGGCCGAGAAAACCUCGGCCGGAGGACGCCCUGCCUCCUCCUCCUCCCGCUGCUCUGUCUCCCAAGCCCCCCCCUCCGGCGCCUCACUCCCACCCUCCCAUCAUCACCUCCCUGACCGGCGGCGUCAUCCAGAAAGCUUCCUCCUCUUCACAGCCGGUGCUGGAGCUGCUGAUCCAGGAGCAGCCGGGGCUGGUUCUCAGUCAGCUGCCGGCGGUGUCGGACCCGGUUCACCGGCUGGUGGAGCACCGCGGCGUGCUGGUGCAGUGUCAGCCGGGCACGGUGGGGGAGCCGGACCGCCACGGUCGGCCGCUGCUGCUGUUCCAGAGUCCGGGGAACCCCGGCUGGGAGCUGGCGGCUUCGGGACGCACCCCGAUGGUGGAGGUCAUCCAGAAAGCUCCGAGGCCGACCAACAACACCGCCGCUCCUCCGCCUGCGGCACACCUCCACGCGCUGCCGCUCUCCACACUACACGAGGACCCGAGGGAGGUGGAGAUCACGCUGACGCCGGUGGAGCUGCACGUCAACCCGCCGCUGCCUUCCACCUCUUCUGCUGCUUCCUGCUCUUCCUCCCUCACAGCGGUGAAACACGAGGAGCAGGCGAGCGGCGGCACCUCAAACAGAGAGGGACGCUAGCUGCCACCGUCUUUUUUAUCACUCAGCUUUUUACCUCACCUGCGACAAAAGCCCCGCCCCCUUUUACCUCUCCUCUUCCUUAUUGGUGGAAAUCCCAGAUUGAGGAUACAUGAAGCCAAAAACCUCGAACACGCCGUCCUUCCAUCCUUGCACUUGUAAACAGAUCGGACGCUGUUGGAAAACCAGCGUUUCUUUAACUGCAUGUCUGUCUGUCCGUCUGUGUGUCGUCCAGCAGCACGACUCCUCCGGGGGCGCCAAUCAAAACCUCUUCCUUCCUUCACCUCAAGACUUUCUGUGCUGAGUCGUCUGCUGCUUCUGAUCAGCAGGUUUGUAGUAAAAAAAAUGAAACACAGAUAAAAGAAAAGAGUGACAUAAAGGAAGGAGGGAAGAGGAAGAAGGGAAGGAGACAAGUGUACAGGUGAAGUGGACAGAUACAGAAGGUACUACGGGUCAGAGCCUUGUGAAGGUUCUUAUGUGCUAAAUAUGAAAAGAAACUGUAACGGAGCUCGGCCUCGAUUCACAUUCACUUCAGUUCACGGAGGAAAUAAACAGAUUUUAGAUGCACAUUUCUCCAACAUCUGCAGUCGAGCCUGUCGGGGGGGGGGGGGGGGAGGUUGUGGAUUGAAUGUGAAUCGAAGCUCCGCGCUCCUCUGUUAAAAACAGCUUUAUGGUUUGUUUAGUGUUUGUGUUGGUUUAGUAGGUGUGUGUGUGUGUGUGUGUGUGUGUGUGUGUGUGUGUGUGUGUGUGUGUGUGUGUGUGUGUGUGUGUGUGUGUGUGUGUGUGUGUGUGUGUGUGUGUGUGUGUGUGUUGUGUGUUGACAGGGAGGGACUUCAUUAACUACCCCAUCGCCCAGAAAUAUGUAAAUGUUUCGCCAACGUUCACAUGAAAAUUCAAUUAUUUAUUCAUCCAGGUAAAUGU